AUGUUUAUGUGUACGUUGAAGUCUGAUGUUGAAGAGGAGCAGUUCAAUUUCAUGAAGGAGUAUAUUUCAAUCGAAGAGAUCGAAGUAGCCAACGAGGAGAGAGAUACGCAUACUCAGGAUGAUCUCGAUCCAAUCAGUGACAACGAGGAAGAUGAUCAAUUUAACGAAGUUGAUCGACUCGGAGUAGUUGUGCAUGGACACCCUCCUACGCAGCCAUCACUCCUGCUUACCCAAGUCAGAGGGCCAACGGCUGAUAACGAAGACUAUUUGGGGAAAUUGAAAGGACGGUUGAAAUAUUAUUAUCCUGUACAACUAUGGGAUAUGACGGGUAGUUUGCUCAAUGGGCUUAACACUCUGCCUUCCUACCAGCAAUACUUUGAUUUGAACACCUCGACAAUGGCACUUAGUACCGGAUCAACUUGGAUUGGGAAUUUGGUCGCCAGCAUCGUAUGCGCCAAGGUACCGGAUUAUAUCGGCCGCAAGAAGACGCUAGUAUUUGGCUCCUUGCUAUCAAUAAUUGCUGUCAUUCUGCAGACAGCUUCCCAAAAUUACGCCAUGAUUGUCACUACUCGAAUCCUUCUGGGUCUGAGCGCUGGAACAACUUCUAUUGCUGGCCCGGUAUACUACCCUGAAACUCUCCCACCCAAGUGGCGUGGGCUUUCUCUGUGUUUGAUCUAUGAUUUCUGGUACGUUGGUGGCCUGAUUGCGGCUGGCGUUACAUACGCGACGGCCUCCAUGGAUUCUUCAUGGGCAUGGCGUCUACCAACAGCCCUACAAGGAGUCUUCACCCUCCUCAUCCUGAUCCUCCUGCCGUUUAUCACCAAAUCUCCACGCUGGCUCGCUUUCGCAAGCCGUGAAGAGGAAAGCCGAUAG